AUGAGAGAAUAGGCAAAGAAAAGAGAUUCAUUAGAUUGGAGUAAAUAAGUAAAUAAGUAUAUUAAUUAAGGUUACACCAUCUAGACCAUAAGGAGCAUGUGGAAGUUGUUGGGCAUUCUCAUCUUCUGAUGUAACAAUAAGUAGACUUGCUUUGAGGGGAAAGGAAGACUUAAUUCAAUUAUCAAAGACUCAUUUAAUAUAUUGUUGUGCAGGAGAUAAGAAUAAGGGACGCCAUGGAGGAUCUCUUAUCGGUGCAUAUAAGUUCAUUAAUGAUAAUAGACCUCUUAAAGAAAAUGAAUAUAGAGAAUAUGAUUUUACAUAAUAAGACUGUUAGAAGUCAGGAGGAAAUAUUGGUAAAGGUUAGAUAGUUGAUGUAGAGAAAGUUGAUGAUCCAACUUUUGAGUAAAUUUAUUAUCUUAUUAAUCUAGAUAAAUUAAAGAGGCUCUUUAAGAUGGUCCAGUGACUGCUUUGAUUUAUGCAGAUAAGUCAUGGUUUUAAAAUGGAGGUGGUAUCAUAGAUACUUGUAGUUAUGUUUGAGUCUAAGAACUUAGCCAUGCAGUUGUGAUAAUUGGUUAUGGAAAAAGAUCAUUAUAAAGUUCAAAACUCUUCAGGAUCAGGAUGGGGAGAAAAUAGAUUUUUUUUAAGUUUAGAGAAAUGGAACUCCUGAAUGUUUCGAUAAGAUUAAAAAGAUUUCAUAACCAAUAAUUUAAUGA